GCUGCGGGAAGACAACGCUGCUCAAUUGUCUGUCGGGGCGGGUGAAACUGGACUCUGGCAGCAUUCGUCUGAACCGGGAGCGACUCAGCAAGCGCUGGAAACGGAAGAUCUGCUAUGUGUUACAACAGGAUAUCUUCUUCCCCGACCUCACCCUCAGACAAACCCUCGAGUAUGCAGCUCGUCUUAGGUUGCCUGACAAGCUAUCAUAUUCUCAGAAAAUGCAGUAUGUGGACCACAUCAUUGACGUGCUGGAGCUUGGUGGAUGUCAGGACACAAUUAUUGGUGACUAUAUUAAACGUGGUCUUUCUGGUGGUGAAAAGAAGCGGGCAAAUAUUGCAUGUGAACUUCUCACAAACCCAUCACUCAUGCUGCUGGACGAACCCACAUCAGGUUUGGAUUCUCAUUCUGCAUACAGCCUCAUGUCAAGCCUCAAGCGGUAUGCAGAGAAAGAAGGCAAGACAGUGGUUGUUACAGUACAUCAACCAUCCUCUCAAAUAUUCCACAUGUUUGACAAAUUGCUCCUGUUAUGUAAUGGACAGACCGCCUACUUUGGGCAUGUCCAUAAAGUAGUGGACUUCUUCAGCAAUAUUGGUCUGUCUGUGAUGCCUCAAUACAACCCAGCUGACUUCAUAUUGGAGCAAGUAAAGGGGAGUGAGGAAAUGAAGGAGAAGAUUAUAGCAGCUUCCAAAGAUGCACGAAGUCUACCUGAUUACCCUCAGGAGCUUCUGCCAGGCUACUUCACAAACUCGGUUACCAUCUGUGAUAAAUAUCUGAACACCUACCAAGAGAGCCAUCUUCACACAAAUGGCCACAUUGGCUCCACUAGUUGUCACUGCCAGAAGGAUUUGUGGACAGGCUCUAGGAAUGGUCAUGCUGUUCAUCACCUUGGAGCUAAAAAAACGGUCGAAAUGUGUGCAGUCGUCGAUUCUGGAGCACAAAACAAUGUUUACACCACAAUAGCAAUGAAAGAUGAGGAAGGGAAGACGCUGUGGCUAGACAACCAGAGUCAUGCAUCAUCAUCAGUCAGUAGUUCAGAUGAUGAUGUUAGUUGGCAGUGGCCAACCAGCUUCUGGACACAAUUCAAGGUAUUGUCACAACGCAACUUCCAAGAGGCUCGGCCAAGGAUGCUGUCAAAACUAAACUGGGUGCAGACUGUAGCACUUGGUGUCCUGGCUGGUCUGCUGUGGUUCCAAUUAGAACGUAAGGAAGAAUCACUUCAUGACAUCCAGGGCUGGAUGUUCUUUUCCACAACGUAUUGGAUGCUAUUUGCACACUUCGGUGCUUUGUCAUCAUUUCCCCCAGAGCGAGAAGUUAUCAACAAAGAAAGAUUAUCUGGUGCAUAUAGACUGUCGGCUUACUACCUUGCAAAGAUGGUGGGGGAGCUGCCACUCACAAUUACCCUCCCAGCUGUGUACCAUCUGAUCUCAUAUCCAAUGCUGGGUCUCCAUAGCACCGUUGUGUUUCUCACCCUUCUUGGGUUCCUGCUUCUCAACACCAUUGUUGCUCAGAGUGUUGGGUUCUUCGUGGGAGCAUCUUGCAUGGACAUGCAGGUAUCCAUCACUAUCAGCGCCCUAUACACGCUGGCUACACAGUUGUUUGGAGGAUAUCUGGCAACAAACAUCCCUAAUUGGCUUAAGUGGAUGCAGUAUUUGAGCAUGGUCCAUUAUGCCUACCAGAACAUGCAGAUUGUAGAAUUCAGUGAAGGUACACCAAUAAAAUGUGCAGCACAGUCCAAGUUUGAUGUCUGCACCACCAACUCUUCUUCUCACAUUCCGGUCUCUGCCAUCCUGGAAGCACAAGGUGCCAGCUUACCUCUGUGGGCCAACACAGUAGUGUUACUUCUGUUCCUCCUCAUAUUUCGGAUUCUUGGCUACAUUGUUCUACGGUAUUUCCGUCGACCAAAGUGACGUAGCAAACUGUAAGCGUGACAGUUUAUGAAGAGAGCCACUAUAGGUAUUGGUUUCCGGACAGGAGAAAAUAAGUAUGGCUGUGUUAUUGUAAAUGUUUUGAGCAAGUCCUUGUUUCUUGUGUCCCAGACAGGUGGUGAAGGAUAACUGCCACGUUGCAGUCUCAUUCCUACUCAAGAGUGCUAUUUGUAGUGCAAAGAAAGAGAAGACAGAUUCUAGCAGUGCCUUUGAAUGCAAAAUAUGUGCCAAGAAGCAAGAGGAACAGCCUAAGGAGCGGCACCAAGUGGUUUUUCAAUGCAGUACAAGUGUUCAUAAACAACAAUCAUAAAAGUGCUUGAUCUAGGUAGACUUCAUUUCAAGUUCGUCAUCGUGUUCCGUUUUUAUACCCAACAAAUGCUUGACAUUUAUAAGAAAACAUACGUCUUUGAUUUUUUCGCAAGAAAAUCCCACCUCAGUACCAUUCAUUCUACUCAUCAUAUACAAAGAAGAAGAGACAGACUCUGUAAAAUUGAGGUAUUGCCCCUGUCAGAUGUUACCGUGUAAAAUUUGUCAGUAAUGUAGCAUGUUACUGUAGCUUACAGAGCAAUAUGUAUCCUUAUAACAAUGUACCAUACAUUUGGCAGCAUGUUUUUAAUAAGUACCAUAGAACUAUAUCAGAGGGAAAUGCAGGGAAUUUUGUUUAUGUAAUUAGUAUGAAAGAUUGAUUCUGUGAGUCAGUGGACUGGUGUGUUUCGACAUUUUGAGUCGAGCAACUCUGACACAGACAUAGCUCAUGUAUUUCUAUCCAGACCUCAUGAGUAUGGCAGGAAUUUGUACAGUUGCCGAAGCAAUGCAGAUUAUUAUUGGUAAUUUAUUUUGUACUUGGUAUGUAUGUGCUGUGUGUCCAUGCACCAUAUGUUUGUCUCAGGACUACGAAAUACGUCACAGCCCUCAAAGCCAGUUGACUAUCCAACAAGGUUGUACUGGGCUUUUCCCUCUCUGUCUCACAGCAGUUCCUUCCUCUUUCCUUCCCCUCCACAUACAGUAAAAUAUUUUCUCCUUCUUCCAUUAUCCUACACAUGCAACAGAAUGUAAGCAGCCUUGCUCUUUGUCAGUAUCUUGAAAACUAUGUUAUUCAAAAUGUGAAUUUUUUUCAUAAAUGAAAAGACAAAAAUAGUAAACCAGAUAACCUAGUCCAUUAGUGUUUUUGAGAGCAAACUGCUGAAAUUAUGCUAUUUAUAUUCAAUAAAAUCUGUUAUUGAAAUAG